CUCAGGUGAACAGGUCGCGCAGGUGAGAGUCUGGCAGCACACGGAGGAUGGAGGACUCUCCCUUUCACACAGAUGGACCUUCUGUGUGGCUCAGGGACACAGACCAGUCCAGACCUGGGCCCAGCUCUCCGUCAUUAAACUCUGACUGGUCCAUGAAACAUUCUAUAGACUUCAAACAGGGGAACCAGACUGGAACCAGCAGUUUGGAAGUGACACCCCUACAGCUUCAGCCCAGUGGCCCUGAGCAUGGAUCUGUUUUUAAGAAACUGGAGGAAUGCAUUUUAAGAUUUGUGCAAAAUGAGCUGAGUAAGUUACAAGAAGUUCUAAUGGUAGAGGAACCAGAAUCCUUGACACUUGAGGAGGACGAUGAGACAGAAAUUAAAGAGGCCUUUCUGAAGAUAGCCCUGAGCUUCCUGAAAAGUUUGGAGCAGGACAAAAUGGCUGACCGUCUGUACAACAGACAAUGUGCUUCCAAAUGUCAACGUGAACUAAAGUCUGAUCUGCAGCAAAAGUUCAGCCUUGUGUUUAAGGAUGUGGCAGGAGACUCAGCACCCCUGACCCAGAUCUACACAGAUCUCUACAUCACAGAGGGCGGUGCCUUAGAGGUCAACCAGGAACAUGAGGUCAGACACAUGGAGACCGCGUCCAGGACACCAGCCGCCCCAGAGACCACCAUCACAUGUGAAGAUCUCUUUAAAUCUGACCCACGUUCACCAGAGCCAAUCAGACUGGUGCUGACAAAGGGCGUGGCUGGUGUGGGUAAAACAGUGCUAACUCAGAAGUUCAGCUUGGACUGGGCUGAAGGCAGAGCCAACCAGGACCUCCAGCUGCUGUUCCCAUUCACUUUCAGACAGCUCAAUGCGCUCAGAGACACACAGUUCAGCCUGGUGGGUCUGCUGCACCACUUUUUUAGUCCAUCCAAAGGUCUCUGCAGCUUCCAUCAGCUCCAGGUGCUCUUCAUAUUAGAUGGUUUGGACGAGUGCAGACUUGCUUUGGACUUCAGCAGAACCUGGAUUCUGACUGAUCCCACAGAGACAGUCUCACUGCACGUGCUACUGGUAAACCUCAUCAGGGGGAGCCUGCUUCCCUCCGCUCGCCUCUGGAUAACCACACGCCCCGCUGCAGCCAAUCAGAUCCCUGCUGAGUGCAUCUCCAUAGUGACAGAGGUGCGAGGGUUCACAGACCCACAGAAGAAACAGUACUUUAGGACGAGGUUCAGAGACCAGUCCACUGCCGUUAUCUCCCACAUCAAGAGCAUCCGCAGCCUCUACAUCAUGUGCCACCUCCCGGUCUUCUGCUGGAUCCUCUCCACAGUUUUACAGAAGCUUCUGGAACAAACAGAGGGACCAGAGCUGCCCCAGACUCUCACACAGAUGUAUGUCCACUUCCUGGUGGUGCAGGCCAAAGUCCAGAACAUCAAAAAUCACCAGGGAGCAGAGCUUCACUGGGCUCCAGAGACCAGAGAGAUGGUGCGAUCUUUAGGAAAACUGGCCUUUGAGCAGCUGCAGAAAGGAAACCUGAACUUCUAUGAGAGUGACCUGAGUGAGUGUGGGCUGGACACUGCAGUGGCCUCAAUGUACUCUGGAGUGUUCACACGGGUCUUUAGAGAGGAGGCAGGCCUGUACCAGGACAAGGUCUACUGCUUCAUACAUUUGAGUGUGCAGGAGUUUCUGGCUGCUCUUCAUGUCCAUCACACCUUCUUCAGCUCUGGGAGGAACCUUCUGGAGCAAAAACUGCAUUUCAAAAGAAAGCCUGAAGUUCUCCACCGCUCUGCUGUGGACCAGGCCUUGCAGAGUCAAACUGGACACCUGGACCUGUUCCUGCGCUUCCUCCUGGGGCUGUCUGUGUCAACCAAUCAGAGGCUGCUGCAGGGUCUGCUGACUCAGACAGGAAGUGACCGGACCAAUCAGGAGACAAUAAAGUAUAUCAAACAGAAGCUGAAUGAAAAGGGUCUGUCUGCAGAGAGAAAACUGAACCUGCUCCACUGUCUCAACGAGAUGAAUGACCUCAGUCUGGUGAAGGAAAUACAGAAGAACUUGAGAGGAGGACGUCUCUCUAAAAGAAACAUGUCUCCUGCUCAGUGGUCAGCUCUGUCCUUCCUUUUACUAUCCUCAGACUCAGACCUGGAGGAGUUUGAUCUAAGGAAAUACCAGGCCUCAGAAACAGCUUUUCUGGGUCUGCUGCCAGUGGUUAGAGACUCUACCAAAGCCCUUCUGAUUGGCUGUGGCCUGUCCCCUCACAGCUGUGGUCCUCUGGCCUCAGUCCUCAGCUCCUCCAGUCUCACACACUUGGAUCUCAGUCACAAUGACCUCCAGGAUUCAGGAGUGGAGUUGCUGUGUGAUGGACUGAAGAGCGCCCCCUGCAGACUGUUGACGCUCAGUCUGAUUGGCUGUGGCCUGUCCCCUCACAGCUGUGGUCCACUGGCCUCAGUCCUCAGCUCCUCCGGUCUCACACGCCUGGAUCUUAGUCACAACUACCUCCAGGACUCAGGAGUGGAACUGCUGUGUUGUGGACUGAAGAGCGCCAUCUGCAGACUGGAAACACUCAGGCUCUCUGGAUGUCUGGUCUCAGAGAGGGGUGGGGCUGCUCUGGCCUCAACUCUGAGCUCCACCUCCUCCCACCUGAGAGAGUUAGACCUGAGCUACAACCAUCCAGGACCCUCAGCCGAGCUCUUGACCGCUCUACGGGAGCUCUGCCCCCUGCUGUCUGUCAGGCUAGAUCCUGCUGGAGAGCACUGGCUGGUCCCAGGUCCGAGGAAGUACUCCUGUGAGUUCUCUCUAGACCCAAACACAGCUCACAAAUAUCUCCUUCUGUCUGAGGACAAUCUGACUGUGACCUUUGUGAAGGAGCAGCAGUAUCCAGAUCAUGAGGACAGGUUCACAGGCAUGUACUCUCAGGUCCUGAGCUGCACUGGCCUGAGGGGGCGCUGUUACUGGGAGGUGGACUGGAAUGGGGAAGUUUCUAUAGCAGUGAGUUACAGAAAGAUCCGACGGAGUGGAAUAGAGUGUAGGCUUGGAAACAACGAUCAAUCCUGGAGUCUGACGAUCUGUGAUGGAAUGUACUCUGUUUGUCACAAUGGAAAACAAACAUGCAUCGGCCUCUUCUCCUCCUCUGGCAGAGUGGGCGUGUUCCUGGAUUCUGAGGCUGGAGCUCUGUCCUUCUAUAAGGUCUUCUCUUAUGGAAAAUUGUUCCACCUCCACACCUUCUGCUCCUCCUUCUCUGAGCCUCUGUUUCCAGGGUUUGGACUGUGGCCUGACUCUGAAGUGACCCUGGUGAAUCUGAAUACACAGCGCCCCCUGGAGGACAGACCUGGACACUGAAAACUCUCAGAUUUCUUAAGCUCUUGAGCUCGGGUCUUUGCAGGUUUGUUUGAUGUCUGCAAUAUAUCCAAAUUUAAAGGCACUUAACUAAACUAAGAUUGAUAGAAUUAAGAAUCAAUCAAUAAAAGGAAAAUCUAAAGAUGGAGUGGGAUUUUUAUACAGAAAGGAUGCAGGAGACAGGCCUUGAGAAGCUGGAGAGAGCAUCUGGAGCGAGGGAAGUCUUCGCCUAAACUCCUUCCCACGUGGCCACGCCCCCUGGAAACUGUAUCUGUUAGAAAAUAGAUGUUUAUGUUGACAGAGUGGCCACAGGACAGGGCUGUCCACUCUCCUCCUUCUCUUCUCACUUUCACACUGCACUGCCACAAAACUACCGUCACCAGCUCUGUUUUCAUCACCUGAGCCAAGUCCAAGAGUCUGCUCCACUCAAAUCUAUUUAAUGGGUGUAAACACUUAAAAGCACUGGCCCCUCCCUCCAUCAAAAAUACUGACUAAAGUUUUGAAUGAGAAAACCUCCUAUGAGCUGUCACGCCACAGGUCGAGGGUCAGAGUCUGUUAAAUAAAGUCAUUUUAACAGUCUAAAUGGUCAUAUUCUUUAUUGCUGAGUUUUAAUACUUACUACAAAAUACUGUAAAAAUGUAUGUGUAAAAAUCAUCAAAAUCAAGUGAAUACAUGCAAGAUAGAUAUAUGUCUAAUGCUACAGUGUGGAACAACCCAGGUAAUGCAAUAUAAUCACCAUGGAGACACUCCACUAGAAAAAUUACAACACAGCAUGUAAGGACAAUAAAAGCGUUUUGUAUGUACUCAGGUGAAAAUACUUUCAGAAGAUUUGCACCAAGAGUGACUCUUGAUUCUAUUCAUACAUGUUUAAUACAGGACCUACAAAAGGCACAAUUUUAUGUCCAUCACUUUGCUUUUGCCUUAUUUCAGAAACAUGACACUGAGAGAGAGAGUUGCGUGUUCAAUCUUAUAAACAGCACGGCCUGUGUCUGAAUAACCCCUCCCUCACUACACAGCACCCUACACUCUUUAGUGGACUCUACCGAGCCUCUCUCACAGAGAGAUUCAGACACGCAGCUCUUUCGGGUCAUGUGACUCUCACGUCUGGGUGAAAAAAGUCUAGACUAAACUUUGAUCAAAUUUUAUUUUUGUGAUAAAUAAUGAUAAGAUUGAACUGUAUUUAUGGACUAAUCAUACCAGUUUUUGUCAAGCUGGAUUUCAAAUAAACAGACUUGAUUGUU